UUAUAGGGUGUUUAUACGUGUUUACAUUCAGUGGCAUUUCAUUAGUAAUGACAUUUCCUGAAUAUUUCCUACAAAAAAAGAAGAAAAACUAAAACGAUUCGGAAAUGCGAGUCGAAUCUCAACGAAUCACACCGCAGGGUAACUGCGCACUUCAGCAGGGGUUUUGGGUUUUUUUUUUCUCUGCAAAAACCAAGAUUCUGAAACACCUGGCUGAGAACAUCUGGAAGUAAGUGGUGUUAAACAUGAGCGGUGUGAUGGAGGUGUCUUCAGUGUGGAUUUUACUCCUGCUUGGAGUUCCAGCUCAUGGAGGUAGACACUCUCUGUUUUACACCUACACGUGUCUCUCACAACCUCUCAGUCUGCCUGGAAUCCAUGAGUUCAUUGCUUUGGGAAUGCUCGAUGAUCGAGUGAUCGACUACUAUGACAGUGAGACUCAGGUUAAGGUUCCUAAACAAGACUGGAUGAAGGAGAAGAUGCCACAGGAUUACUGGGAAAAAGGAACUCAGUCCCGCAAGAGCAAAGAGCAGUGGUUUAGGGUGAACCUGGAGAUCCUGAUGGAGCGCAUGAGACACAAUAAGACCGAUCUUCAUGUUCUUCAGUGGAAACAUGGCUGUGUGGUCGAUGAAGGUGCAGAUGGAAGUCUUAAAUUUGUGAGAGGAUUCAGUGAGUAUGCCUACGAUGGUACUGAGUUCCUCUCCUUCGAUGAGAAAAACUCCAGAUGGAUCGCUCCAGUCCAGGCUGCUGUACCGACCAAAAUGAAAUGGGAUGAAGUUCCCAUCCUCAACCAGUACACCAAGGGCUACCUGGAGAAAGAGUGUGUGGACUGGCUCAGCAAGUUCAUGGAAUAUGAAAAGGAAACUCUAAUGAAAAAGUCUCCAGUUGUUCAUCAGUUUGCAAAGAAAUCAGUAACUGACUCCAGCAAACGGACCCUGAGCUGCCUGGCUACAAAUUUCUACCCUGAAGAUGUUCAGAUGCAUUUGAGGAAGUCCAGAACUUUCCUACCUGAACAUCUGGUAACAUCUUCAGCAAUCAGACCUAAUGGUGAUGGAACCUACCAGCUUAGGAAAAGUGUGGAGAUCAUGCAGGAUGAAGAACCAUUUUACGAUUGUUAUGUGACCCACAGCACCACCGAACUACCCAUUGUUAUAAAAGGGGAUGUCCUGAGCAUUGGGAGCAGUAGUGAAUCCCACACAACCAGCGGAGAAACUGUGACUCGUAUUCCAGCACCUACAGAUGUCCUGAGCAUUGGGAGCAGUAGUGAAUCCCACACAACCAGCGGUGAAACUGUGACUCGUAUUCCAGCACCUACAGGUAGACACUCUCUGUUUUACACCUACACGUGUCUCUCACAACCUCUCAAUCUGCCUGGAAUCCAUGAGUUCAUUGCUUUGGGAAUGCUCGAUGAUCGAGUGAUUGACUACUAUGACAGUGAGACUCAGGUUAAGGUUCCUAAACAAGACUGGAUGAAGGAGAAGAUGCCACAAGAUUACUGGGAAAAAGGAACUCAGUCCCGCAAGAGCAAAGAGCAGUGGUUUAGGGUGAACCUGGAGAUCCUGAUGGAGCGCAUGAGACACAAUAAGACUGAUCUUCAUGUUCUUCAGUGGAGACAUGGCUGUGUGGUCGAUGAAGGUGCAGAUGGAAGUCUUACAUUUGUAAAAGGAAUCAGUGAGUAUGCCUACGAUAGUACUGAGUUCCUCUCCUUCGAUACGGAAAACUCCAGAUGGAUCGCUCCAGUCCAGGCUGCUGAACCGACCAAAAUGAAAUGGGAUGAAGUUCCCAUCCUCAACCAGUACACCAAGAGCUACCUGGAGAAAGAGUGUGUGGACUGGCUCAGCAAGUUCAUGGAAUAUGAAAAGGAAACUCUAAUGAAAAAGUCUCCAGUUGUUCAUCAGUUUGCAAAGAAAUCAGUAACUGACUCCAGCAAACGGACCCUGAGCUGCCUGGCUACAAAUUUCUACCCUGAAGAUGUUCAGAUGCAUUUGAGGAAGUCCAGAACUUUCCUACCUGAACAUCUGGUAACAUCUUCAGCAAUCAGACCUAAUGGUGAUGGAACCUACCAGCUCAAGAAGAGUGUGGAGAUCAUGCAGGAUGAAGAACCAUUGUACGAUUGUUAUGUGACCCACAGCACCACCGAACUACCCAUUGUUAUAAAAGGGGCUUGAAGUCAAACCUGAGGAUCUGAUGGCAGUUUAUAUUCUUUCAAACAUCACAAAGCUGCACAAUAUAAUCAUGCUUCGAAUUUAUUUCAUAUUGUUUCAUAUCACCUUUGAUUUUAUUAUUUUUAAUAAUCAAACUCUCUUCAUGGUUUCCAAAUCAAGUAGUUCAUAAUUUGUACACACAAUUGUGUUGGACGUCUUUGGAUCUUUUGGAUCUGCUUUCCAUGGGUUGGAGUGGAAGACCCCUGUACUGUACUGUACUGUACCCCUGCUGAAUCGCCACAAAAUCUGUGAACAAAAUUUUACAGCCAGAUGUGAACACACUUUCGACCAUAUUAUAUAUUUCAUUGUGUACUUUCUAUUACCAUAUUUUUCGGACUAUAAGCCCACGUUUUUCCCACUUUUUGAACCCCAUGGCUUAAACAAUGAAGCGGCUUAUUUAUGGAUUUUUCCUGGGUUUUUCCCGGUUUCACAAACUUCAAGCCAAAAAACUGAACCCCAUAACAUUAGACCAAUGAAAUUUCAGAACGGAAACAAAAAGAAACGCACCUCGCCUGUGUUCUGAGCUGCACGGUGUCAGGAGAGAAAACUUCCCCCAGUGGCGCAUGACGAUGACAAAAGAUAAACUCCCCAGAGAAAUACAGUGGAACCCUGACCUACGAGUUUAAUUCAUUCCGUUGAUGAGCUCGUAUCUCAAUUUGCUCGCACAUUAAAUCAGUUUUCCAUAU